AGCGAGCGGGACAAACGCCGUCAGACAAUUGCGCAUGUUUGGAAUAAAAUGGCGAUCGAAUUAUCAGAAAUUUUCUGCCAUUUUUGAAAUCCCUAAAAAUCUCCCGUAUAAAUGGCGUAAACAGUGAAUUUUCGAUUGAACUGUAAAUUGUAUAUAGUUUUUUGUACAGUUAGUGGUAAUCUUUUGUGUUGUGACAUCCAUCAUAGUGUAAAAAUUGUGAUCGAUUAUUGUGUUUGUGUACAGUGGGAAAAACUGAUCCGAAGCCGACGCCGAGCCGUUGAACAUUGAAUUGUUCGAAUAAUACGAAUCGUCGAUGCUCAGAAUUUGACUCAGACUGCGAAAGAAAGAGACAAAUGAAGUGGCUUGGUAACAACGGAGGUGUGGCAGAAGUAGAUGGCAUUAUGAAGUCAAACAUGGAUAAUGCCAGUAAUGUGAUUGGGGGCCCGCAGCGCACGCAAGACGAUGCUGCAGUUGGUUACGUGUAUCAACGGCCACCCGAUCCAGAAUUUCCGCCUUUCGGACCCAAACAGCUGCGUUGGGCCCAUGGAGAUGAUGCUAUCAUUGAAAAUCACGACAAGUGGAAGUAUCCGUCUGUAACACAAGGAACAACAGCUGCCGGUUCACCUUCGAUGCAAGGUCCCAAAAUACCCACACCUCCAACGGGAAUACCCACUGGAGCACAUUACGGCGCAGCUUUACCUUCGUCCCUAUACGACUUGAACCCGCAUAGCAAGCCUCAUAUGGCGCAGCUGGGCGGCGAGCAGCUAAUUUACAUGCCGGGCGGGCAUCAGUUGGCCGCCCAUGGACAUGGUGGUCUCUCUUUACACCACCAUUAUUUGCAGCAGCAAACUCAACUGGCAGUUCAGGCAGCUCAGCAACAGAGCCUCAGACAAGUUCAGCAACAGGUUAGUCAUACUGUCCCGAGGUCGUACGAUGCUGGAAAUAUGAUUGCUCCUUCAGCGAAAAAGCUUUGGGGAUUAGAGGCAAAGGAUGGCAAAUCUUUGGCCCUCAACCAUCUGAAUCAUGACGGAGUUUGGAGGGAUCCAACGUGGGCGGCACCCGGUGAUCACGGCCCAUUGGCUAUGGGAGGGCGUAGAGGAGUGUUUCCUGGCGCCGGAGGCGAUCCCGGUGGCAUUUUAUCGCCUAGAGGCUCCGAUGGGCCCGGUGGUCUUGGUGUGAAAAUGGUUGAAUAUGUACUGGGAACUUCUCCGACUGGCGAUAAAAGCGGCACCACAGUUCCGGGCGGUUUGGAGCCUCGCAUGCGGGUGCUGCAUUUGGACGAUAAAGAUCAUCCCAAGGAUAAAGUUACACAGCAAAGUCCCAAGGACGAGCAGGGCGUAAAUGGACAAAACUCCCAGCAGCAAGUGCUGAACGGACAAGAAGAUGACAAAGGGUUUAAUCGCACACCAGGACUCGAUCCCGCAACUAUGGGCUUGGUGCUAAAGCAGCCGCCCCCUGUUGAUGGUGGCGGAGGUCCGCUUCAUCCUCACCAACAGCACGCGCUGCACCAUCUGCCUCCCCAUCAUCCUUUGGGUCCUCAUCUGGGCGUCACCCUUGCCGAAAGCGUCAAUCAGCAGUUCGCUGAUCACUUUGUUGAGUCGCAACAGGCGGUCGUGAGCCAAGGAUAUGAGCAAAGCCAGCAUCAACAUCAGCAUCAACACCAGCAGUAUGCAGCUGCCCAACAACAACACCAGGUGGACAGCGCGGUUUUGCAGCAGCAGCAGCAUAAUUUCGACGUUCAGCAGCUGUUCAGAUCGCAGCAAUCGCAAGCAGCUACUCCAGGUGCAGCUGCUCAGCUGCAGCUCUUGCAACAACAGCAGCAACAGCAGUAUCUGGCGGCGGCUCAGCAGCAGCAAGCUGCAGCCGCUGCUUUUACACAGCAAGGACCUUACGUCCUAAAUGCGCAACAAGAACCAUACCUGAUCACCACAGGAGUGCCCGCCCAGUAUUACGGAGUAGCGCCUUGGGUUUAUCCGGCUCCUCCUGCUAGUCUCGCAGCUCUUCAGCAAGGAGCCAGCAAUGGAGCCAGACGACCUCUUACCCCAAAUGGAACCAAUGAAGCUCAACAACAAGUGCAGGUUAGAGGCCACGUACUACCAUUGGCUCUGCAAAUGUACGGCUGUCGAGUUAUACAAAAAGCACUCGAAUCGAUUCCGCCAGAACAGCAGCAGGAAAUCGUUCGCGAACUGGAUGGGCACGUCUUGAAAUGCGUGAAAGAUCAAAACGGAAAUCACGUGGUGCAAAAAUGCAUUGAAUGCGUAGAUCCCAACGCACUACAGUUUAUCAUCUCGUCCUUUUCGACUCAAGUUUACAAUCUUUCCACCCACCCGUAUGGCUGCAGAGUCAUACAGCGCAUCUUGGAACACUGCACUCCGGAUCAAACGUCGCCGAUUUUGGCCGAACUGCACCAGAACACCGAUCAACUGAUUCAAGAUCAAUUUGGAAACUACGUUAUUCAGCAUGUUCUUGAGCAUGGCAAGCCCGAGGAUAAGUCUCAGCUGAUCACCAGCGUCAGAGGAAAGGUGCUGGUGCUCAGCCAGCACAAGUUUGCCAGCAAUGUGGUUGAAAAGUGCGUUACACAUGCAACGAGAGCCGAAAGGGCUCUAUUGAUUGAGGAAGUGUGCGGAUUUAACGACAAUGCUUUACACGUGAUGAUGAAAGAUCAAUACGCUAACUACGUAGUGCAGAAGAUGAUCGAUGUAAGCGAGCCGACACAACGCAAAGUGCUGAUGCACAAGAUCAGACCCCAUCUGAACUCUUUGCGCAAGUAUACCUAUGGCAAACAUAUAAUCGCCAAGCUGGAAAAAUAUUUCAUGAAAACGCCCGGCUCGAUUACGAUUGGCGGUGAAUUGGGGCCAAUCGGGCCCCCAACUAACGGGGUUCUGUAACUCGCUGAACGAAUUAUGCGUGCUGGAGAUUUGCGCGGUUGAUGACAACAUAAACAACACGCAUUUCGUUUAAAGAAGCGCUAUAAUAAUUUGGAAAAGUCGCCAUAAUAAACAUUAAAUGUUGAUUAUUGGGGCUUUUCAAUUUUGGUUUUCCUUGCGAAAUGUUUACUUCACUGGAUGUUCCCGGCAAACUUCGCUUUUUGUGGAAAAUAUCAACUGAAGGCAACUGCAAAUUUCCGUUGUAAGGAAAACCAAAACAAGCAAACAAAAAAAUCUUAACAGGAAACAUGCACUAAAGUUGGGGUGAAUUAAUAGAAUAGAACCUUGAUGAUUCAUUCAAUAUUAUGGGUUUGGAGGUUGCGUUUUUAUUGGCGUUCUUAUUGAGUUGCGCCGAUUGAACUUACGGCCGUAAUCCCAGUAUUUUCCUUUUCGGUUUUCAACUCUUCUGAGUUUCCAUAUAAUAUCAGUACAGUUUAAGUUUUAGCUGUAGUCUUCAAUAGAUCAGUUUCAUUUUGUAUAGGCUACGUGCGAAAAUCGGGCCCCGCCUAAACGUAACCGGGAACGAAUCAAAAGCAACACGCCUUCGCACCUUUCGCACGUGGAAUUUCACGCUAUUAAUUUUUCCGUCUGUAUUAUAAUGAUUGUCAUGUGAGUAAGCCAAGCGGUUACGUCCGAUAUCGCUUCCUAAAUGCUUUUCAGUUUAGACGUGCGGCUAUAUUUUUAGGUUUUCUUAGUUUAUAGUUUAGUACACCGAAGUAGUUACAUUUUAGUUUCGCUUUUAGGUUUCUAGUAAUCAAUAUAUUAGGUAGUGUUAGGUGAUUUUCGACUGCUUUUGGAGUUUCUUGAUUGGCAGCGUUAUUCUAUUGGGUGCUCAAGACAAAUCGCUCUGUUCAUUGUUUGAAUUAGUUUAUUCAGAUGCACUUUUUAACAAAUAUAUUUAAUUGUUUAACUUUUUUGCACAGCUCCGGACUCUGUUUGGUGUUUGAUUAUGGAGUUAUUCAACAGUCACUAGUCAGCAAACGAUCGCAAUGUGCUCAAAUAAGUUUGUACAAAACAAUUUAAUUUCCGUCAUAAACAUAAUGAAUAGCAAUUGGCCCUACAAAAGUAUUUUAUAGCUUUUUAAAACCUUCUAAUUAGUAAGGACCCAAGUAUGCUCAUAGAAACCCACUUAAUAUAUAAAAAUAUAUUUAAAUACAAAAGUGAAUAGCCGAACAGUUGAGCACCCAAGUGGCGAGCGACCGUUCAGAAACCUACUUCGUACACGUAUUCAUAGGUUAGUGAUUGAUUAUUUUUUUGCGUUUCUGUCGGAGUUUUCGCUGCUCAAUUUAUCUCCAAGUUAUGUUUAAUUUUUGACUGUCGUGAACAUGAUAUAAUACGGUUUAGUUUCGGAAUCUCACACAUAAAUAUGCAUGUGUCGAAUGGAUAAGAGUAAAGCAACAUUCUACACUAUGCUAAUGGUAAAGUUUGUACAUAGAAGGACUAUUAAUUACUACUAUAUAGCAUUCAAGAAUUUUUUUGAUAAGUGUCCCCCUUAUAUAAUCCCGUAUCGGAAAAUCUCAUUUAGUAUGCAAAAUUCAAAAAAUCAAACAAACGGACUUAAAUGAGGUUCCCCGGUUGAAUAAGUGAAUAUCUCUUUCUAACUCUUUACGAUACAUUUACGUGCACCCUUUCCGAGUCGGUACCUUUUAAAUAUUGUGAUAAAGACCUCAGGAAGUAAUAUUAUUCUUGAUCGUCAACUUGAGAAGAAAAGUCCAUGGAAAUGAUGGAUGCAAAAUUUUCCACACCGUUCGUUGUUCUUCGUUGCUUUUCCCCCGAUGGUCGGUUAUUUAUUUCAAUUUUAUCCCACGGUUUCGAACUCGUGCAACACCGCUUUUCCAAUGUUCAUUUCUUUCGUUCACUUGCACGAUGUUUGUUUUCAACACACCGGCACUUAAGAUUUUUAACGAGUAAAUACAUUUAAUCCCAUUUGAAGCACGUAAGGCUGCAUUUACUAGUAGUUUUAGCUGGGUUUUUAACAUAAAGACUAUGGGGGUCGAUACCAUUUUUAAAGUUGAAAAAUCACUCAUCAUCAUCAAUGAUUGUCCGAAAAUCCUCAGAAAUGUUGAUUUGCGGCUUUAGAAAUGGCACGCCCCGAAUUGGUAAGUGGAAGUCGAAUCGAGUGGUGGUGGUGUCGGUAAAGGAGUUCUGUUAAUUUUCUAGGAAUACUUCACAUGCGCUUGUGAGUUUUUUAGUCGGAUAGGAAGAUUUUAUUAUUAUAAUUAUACACAGGACUACCCUGUUUUGCUGGGCAGUUUUCGUCUGCAAAUUCACGUUUGAACUGCAAAAUUGCUCAUCCAUUUUGGGGCGUCUGUAUAGAAAACUCUGUGGCUUCGACCGAUAGCAAUUUCGCGCGAAAAUGCCGCCUUUCGAUAUUUGUAAAGAAUUGUAGAUGUUUGUAAAGUACCUUUAGGCUGUAAAAAGUGAGACAGUAUUGUAAUUACUUGAAGAGGACAUGUGCCAAAUAUGCUGAGUUUGUUUUCACAACAGUUUACAAGUUUACAUUCAAUUGAUUAAAUAACUAAAUCCUGUGUAAAUACAGAGUUGUGGUUGGUGAUUUAGACAUUGAGUCGGAAAAUUGUCGGCAGUUUAAUCAAAAGUUAAUUACCCUGAUGGUGGUGUGGGCGUUUUGGCUCGAAAUUGUGGGGCGGUCGGGGCCGCGCGUUGCAAAAAGGCUGAACUUUUAUAUAAUUAGAUAUAUUUUAUUUGUAAAAUAGAAUCCCCUCUGUAAAUGAUUAAAUUUUAUUGAUAUAAUUUAAUAAUGCGCGGUAUAUUGUAAAAAAAUUACCAUCGUUUUGUUCGCGUGCCGCCCGUUUGUAAAGUUUUUGUGUAGGGAAACCAAGAAAGUUUUCUUUCCGACUGUGAGAAAAAUUGUAUCAUAAGACAUUGACGCUGUAAAUAUUAAUUUAAAGAAAGGAAAUCUAUACUUUGUAAAAAUGAAACAAAUCGAACCAUGUAUAAUUUGUACAAUUUUAUAUUUUUCUUUGUAAAUAAUGGUGAAGUAUUAUUUGGAAUAUUAAAAGAAUUCGCGGGCACGCUAGAAAAGGACUAAUUGUGAAGGUUAGUGGCAAAUUUUUUAUCCCAAUUUCUGCAGUACAUUUUUCGGGGGUGACUUUCGACAUCGUUCAUUUGCGAUUGAUUUGAUGGAAUUGAUAGGAAAAAUUUGUCAUUUAACGUUGGAGGUGUUUUAAAGACAAACCUAAAAACUUUCGUGUAACCCCUUAGAUGAAUUUAACCAGUUACUAUUAAUGUAGAGGAAUUUUAAAUGUAUUUGUAGAAUUUGAUGGCACGAUUAUUAUGCAAAAAGUAUUGACUUCAUAAUAUAAUACUGUGUAAAGUGUUAAUUGUAAUAAUUGUACAGUUAUUCCUUUCAUUACGUUCUCCCAUUGGAAUUCCAUUGAAUUAUGUACGACGUUUGGAUUUUCGUAUUUCCCAAACUGCAACGGUUCUCGAAAUACGAGUCGAAUAACCCAACCAAUACUUAUUGAUGUUGCAUUUAAAUGUCGUGUACUAACUGUACGGUAUUUAUGUGUAUUUUUAUUUUGGGUUCUAUCCCCAUUUGUUUACUAACACUUUAACGUUUUCCUUUCAUCUGGUACAAAGACACUUAAUCAAUUGGUGGAGUCUGAUGGUUUUUCCAUAUCAUGUCGAAUCGUUCUGGACUUGGUCAAUUUAUAAUCAAAAUCACGCUCCCUGCUCGAAAACCCAUUCCAGAGCGGGACUGUAAGGAAGAAGAGCAAUAACACUGGAAAAUGUAUUAUUAUCAUUGAUUUUUCCACCGUUUUAAAUUCAGCGGCAAAAAAUUCAAAAUAGCAAAGUCUGUGAAUGUAAACUGGGCUUAAAAAGAACCCUCGGGCGUCCCUUUUAAAAGCAAUUUAUUUUGACUAGGAGAAACCCACCGGUUUUCUGUGGGUCUGAACGUUUAAAAACAUUUUCCACGUAUUGCUCUCACUCAGUUACAGUCCUGUUAUUAGAUAACGGAGAAUCAUCCCUCAUGUCUUCAUCCCGCACACGUUUGUAAUAUAUCGACAUUAUUUAUUGUUUAACAGUCAUUCUCAUUCACGUCACGUGUUUUUUACUUUUGUACAAUUGCUGUAUAUAUUUACUUCUUAGAUAACAAAGCCAGUACUAACCUUUAACACUUAGUAACUUGUCCACUGUAGGGUUUAAAAUGCGAUUUUAUGCGGGAACAUCAGACUCUCACCAGCGACGGCAAUUAGCCGUUUUUUUCUUAGAAAAGUGUGCUACAGUUGGCGUUUUGCGUUUCAAACAAUUUUUUCAGCCUGUUUACUCUCUCUCCGAUUGCGGAGCUCUUAAAGCAGCUUGAACACUUAAUGCACCAACUUGAAAGAUAACAAAAUAGCUCCCCUUCCGCUAAUAGUAAAUUAUGUGUAUAUAUUUGAUCGAUUGCAUUGUAAAUGCGAUUCACAACAAAGUAUUUUGCAGGCGGUUUUAAGCCUUGUUGUGACCUUUUUUUAGUCUCAAGCAAAAACCGGGUUUAGAUGGUUUAAAUCUCAAAACAAAUAAUUGAUCUGGCUUUAGUUCUGCGAUCGAAAUUUCAAUUAAACAAGUGCUUUCUCAAUCUUAAGGUUUUAAACGAAUCAAGCCAGCGGCGGGGAGAAUCUACCUACAAAACGGCCACCAAACUUUUUAACUUUAAUAUGGCAGACUGAUGUAAAGAUACUAAAAAAACGGAAUUAUUGUAAAUUGUAAAUUUCUUUUUUUGAUUUAAAAUUAAGUCACCUUAAUCAACUGUAUAAUACAUGUGUAAAAAUGAAUCUGUAAAAUGAGCCGUUACAUACCAACAACCAUACAUACUGUAAUUGUUUAAACAUUAUUGUAAACUACAUCUAAUUUUAGAAUUCGAUUGUUUCAAAGCGACUUUUUAUUUUUGGCGCUGGAAUGUAAAGGAUUUUCAUCUCUACAAAAAAACGUGUAUUUUUGAUGAGAAUUCGUUGCCUUUUGGCAUUGGCUUUUUUUCUUCAGUUAAGGGACGAUUCCCAAGCCCCGUUUUGUCGGGGGCGCUUGAAUAAAGGGGGUCGACCCGAUUAUUUUAGGGUAGCUGGAUGGGGAUCACUUAUUUUCACACAAUAUGGCUCUCUGCGAAUCUACGGCUGUAUAUUAUAACCAUGUGAUCGGAAGGUUUUUGUCGGUUGUUUGACAGAAUGUUUAUUUUUUUAGUUUUACAUUUUCUCCGAAACAAUUACGAGCAGUUUGUAAUUUUUCCCAUUAAGAAUUCCGUUCGUUUGAUUGAUUCUUUUGUUGGACGGACCACGCUCGAAAACCUUCUGAUUGCCCUUUAUUUAUUGUAUUGCGAUAAAUGUAUCUGUUCCAUGAGUGUAAAUUUAGUUAUAUUGAUGCAUGCUAGUUUAUUCAUUAGGAUACCAAUCAAUAUGUAUGAUAAUGUAUUUCGAUUUUAUUAUUUUUUACCACGGUAGUAUAUAAUUAAUAAAUAAAUAAAAUAAUUGAAA